AAGAAACAAAAUAUGAACGUAGAUGUCGGGUAUAUUUAUCUUCUUCCUCUUCUUGCUCUUGUAUCAAUACCAGCUUGUCUGUCUUUUCUUGUUCGGCGUCAUGAAGCAAUUCAUAGCUCUAGACGACUUCCACCAGGCCCGUCUGCUUGGCAACUCUUACGGAACAUGUUCAUGAGUCCCCUAGCCUCAUUAGCCAACCUAGCUCAGAUUUAUGGCCCCAUUUUCUCUCUAAGAGUAGGAGCAUUGCUCAUCGUUGUUGCUUCAUCACCAGAAACAGCAAUGGAAAUACUAAAAGCUCACGACCAUAUAUUUUGUGGGAGGUAUAUCCCCUCAUUAUAUUACAAGAUCCCACACAUGGAGCGAUCGUCGGUAUUGGGAGCCAAAGAAUGCAACGACAGUUGGAAACACAUACGAGGUACUUGUCACAAUCUGGUUUUCUCUACCAAAGCUAUAAAACUGAGGAAUGAGGUUAGAGCGAGGAAGGUGAUGGAAAUGGCGGAUUAUUUGCGUGCUAAGGAGGGGAAAGUCGUGAGGCUAAGGGAUAUAGUCUUUGCAACUCUUGCUAACUCUAUGUGUCACAUGAUGGUGUCGACGGACAUAAUCGAUCUUGAACGUGAAUGUAAAGAUGGAACUAAGAGUUUGAUGGGAUUUAUAAAGGGAAUGCUUACCAUUCUUGGAACUCCAAGUCUAGUUGACCUGUUUCCGGCUUUGGAUGGAUUACUAGGGUUUUGGGAGAGGAGGAAGGCCACUAAGUUACAUCAAGAGUUCAAGUCUCUUUGGGGGGAAGUUAUUGAAGAAAGAAGACAAGCAAAAUGUGGUAGGGAAGACUUGUUGGAUGCUUUGAUCGAUGAUGGAUUUUGCAACGACGAUAUCUGCGCACUUUUGAUGGAAAUGUUGGCAGCCGGAACAUUUACGAGCUGUGCAACAAUAGAGUGGUUGAUGGCGGAGCUCACAAAGAACCAAGGGGUUCUGCACGAACUUCGCCAUGAGAUUGAAAAUAUGGUCGACGGAGAUAUUAAAAAUGCCUCUUUGUGUCACAUGCCUUACUUGCAGGCUUGUCUCAAAGAGACAUUAAGGUUGCAUCCCCCGACAUUGUUUGUCAUACCGCGUCGUGCAUUAGAGUCUUGUACAGUGAACAACUAUGUCGUCCCCAAGGAUUCUGUGAUACUGAUAAACAAUUGGGCACUAGCGAGAGACACAACGAUUUGGGACGAACCCUUGAAGUUUAAGCCAAAGAGGUUUCUUGUGUCCAAAUUAGAGUUGAAGGGAAAUCUUCAGUUUGAAUUUAUUCCGUUUGGGGCUGGGAGAAGGGCAUGUCCUGGACUUAGUCUGGCCACCACUCAUAUUCAGGGUAUGGUGGCAUUACUGGUGCAUCAUUUUGAUUGGUUUCUUCCAGAGGGUAUGAGCCCAGAUAAUCUCAACAUGACCGAGAAGUUUGAGACAACAGUGUACAUGAAGGAACCACUGUCUUUGAUUCCUAGAUCAAGAACAUGACCAUAACGUUGAUAUGUGUUGAAUCAACUGUUUUGGUUCAGAUCAUGGUUCGAAAUAAAGUUGGCAGAUAUUGUUAUA